AUGCCGCCACCACAAACAGCUGAAGCAUACCCUGCGUCGUUGUGCACUAACGAUACUACAUCUAUUCGGAAAGGCACACGCAUGGGAAUGGGAGAGAAUCUUCUCCCAGCAGCUACAAGUUACUAUGUCUCAUUGGGAUACAUUGGUUUGCUCUUGAUCACGGCAAUCAUAAUAUGUUAUCGUGCGCGGACUCGACUGCGCCUAUAUGCCUGCUUUAGUACGUUCCUUGCAUUUUCGAUUGCAAUCAUGGGGGCCUUCAAUGUCAACCGCAAGGUCCCGUCCAAUGCAUUCUGGCUCUGGAACUUUGCAGCUGAAAGCAUAGGGAUGGUGGCACUAACGUAUGCAAUUGUCUCCGUCGGAAAUGGAUUUUACCCGAUGGCGGGGAAGAAAAAUAUCUUUUGGCGGCUGGCGAUGGCCUGGAUCAUUAUCUAUGCGCUCGUAGCCUCUGGCAACAUUGUGAGCUAUUUGUAUCAAAAGGUCAUUUAUCAUCACAUCUCCCCAAGUGAGAUCCAAGAUGUAGUGGACGUAAUAUUAAACGCCAAUAUCAUGGGCAAUGACACUCUAGAAAGACAUAUAAACAGGGCCCAGAAAUGCAAUACACCGCUAUUUCCCCUUGACUACAAUAUCACUGGGGUGCCUAAUUAUGAAUACCUACCUCAUGCGUUAAAGUCAGUAUUUCACCGUCCCGUAACAUGGGUAUACUUGACCCAUCAGAUGCUAAUGCUCUUCACCUUGGGUUGGGUCUCCUCCUUUCUCUUUAUCCCCUUGGUUCGCCAUCAUCGCCAGAGCUCUGUCGGCAGGCCCAUCGACAGCGAUAUGAUGGCCGUCGGCGUUUGGUACUUGGGCUGCUUAAUGAUCCUUACUGUGGCCUAUGCUAUCCUGAACAUCUACUUUUGCAACAAAAUCGAGGACAUUUUUGAACCUUCGGCUCAAGCACUCGACUUGUGUAUACGAGCGACUACCAAUCCUAUCUUCUUUCUGCCUGCACCGGCAUUUUUGAUUCGGUUCUAUCGAAAACGUUUCAACCGAUUGGUCAAAGGUAACAGCGUGGGUGGUGGAAGUCGCUAUGGAGGAAGCAGGUAUGGUGGGUCGUCGUCUCGCAAGAGGAAUGGCAGCGCCGGAUGCGUUGCUACUGGUGAUUUUGGUGGCGGUUUUGGUGGUGGUCAGGACUCUUUCAUACAUAGUGAAAAUCGAAAUGGCACUACAUCAUCGCCUUAUUCUCCUAUUGGAUCUCGCCUUGGUGGCCGCUCUAGUGGAGAUAAAGGCGACCAAUGCAGUCUUCCAAGAGAUUCCGUCGAUGGCUCUGUCCAAGUGAAUCCAUGUCACAGCUUCACCGAUGAUGGCAGUAGCCAUAACAACUACUACACCAACAGCCACAACAGUAAUAAUCAUGGAAACCAUCACACCAGCAUCAGUAACGCCUACAGUCGCUUGCGCCUCUUUCAAUCCCGAAAUCGAGGCGCGUCAAUGGAGAGCAACAGAGUAUUCAAUCAAGAUUUUAAUCAAGAGGAUGGUCAUCAACACGGGCAUGCUCGGUCAGACUCAUUUGAUCAAUACUACAGCAACAUGGGAAGGGCCUCGGCGGGAGCUAGGGGAUCAGAUGAGGCGACAGCGAUCAAUCAAGCCUCAUCAUCCCAUUUCAGCAACAACAGCCCUAACAAGGAUCCCUUGGCAGGCCUUCGGCCAUCUAGCAUGGAACCACUUCAGAAGCCGGAACCUGCGUUGACGUCAGCCAGCGCAUCUCAGAUGAAUAAUUCUUGGAAAAUGAGUCGAUUCAUGAAUAAUUCAUUAUCGGAUGCCGAUGCUGCUGGUAGUGAUAGCGGCAGUGUUCCUGAGGAGAAGUGUGCCAUUCCUGAUGAAGCGGUUCCAUCGAAGGAUGGCGUUGCCAGUAGCAGUAACAGGGAAAAGUACGAAGAUACAGCAGAAAUUAUCACUGGAACAACGGGGUGGGAGGUCGGUGGAUGGGGUCAUAUCCGAAAGACAUCACAGGAGGGGAUAGAGAACAGUCUUUCAAGCCCUUUAGAGCUAUGCCCACCAUCCCUGGAUACGAGUACUACGGCUUCAAAUGCGACUGUAUCACUUGGACAGUACUCUGAAGGGCCGAGUACGAUUGCGAACACAGCUGUAGAAGUCGACUCCUAUGGUGAUCUGUUAGAUACCUAUAGCGCAAGUGGUGGGUUCCGGUCUGGAAGUAAUAGUCGCAGGCAGCAACAAAAGCAUCAAAGGCAGCAGAGACAGAACCAGCCGCAAGAGCUGACAGGUCUGCAGAAACAGCUUGCAGAAUACCGCUCCGCAUUACUUCCAGUUGUCUUGGCCAUGCAGGACAUGGAUGACUAUAGCCCUUCCUCAUCUGCAUUUGAUAUGUACGAAAGUACCGAUAAUAACAGCAAGCGUAAUCCUGGCAAUAGUAGGCGGCUCGAUGUGCUCAUUAACCAUAGUGGCAGCGUGCGUACAUCGCAUGAUGACCUACCAUCAAAUCGACAGUAUUACGCAGUUGGUGGCAUUGUUGCAGAUAAAAUCGAUGAAUGGAGUGAACCUCCUGUGACUGAUCACCGGGAACAGCCACUCUCUGCCCACUCAGACGGUCCUAUGCAUUGGACAAGAUUAUCAACAAGUCCAUCAUCAUCGACGUCUUCCGCCUUUGACUACAAUAACAGCGACAGUGUUCGGAACCAGAGUUCACCCAGCAACUACCGCUCUAUUAUCACAGCUACUACAGCCACAAAUAGCAAUACAGCUGAGAAAUCUAUGUCAGGCUUCCGAAAAAAAUGGCUUGUAAGCCGUAACAAGAAUGAUACGGACCGUACAGGGCCCCCCAAGAAAUUCGAGUUGGAGUCUUCGAUGGAGGAGACUAAAAGUAGCAGACGAAACAGUCAUCUCAUUUCAGGUCUCGAUAAUGCUCUGGUUUACUCAAAGGGCAACAAACCCAAGGAAGUUCCUCGACGGGGAGUGUUCUCCAAACUUUCAGGAGGGGUUCAUAAGAGCAAUAGUGGGGACCGUAGCAGGCCUAGCCAAGAUUUCAAUGAGCAGGACAAUGAUUACAAGAUAGUCGACGGUGGUGACUUGAAAUCGCCUCAUGGCGGAUCCACUAUUCCUGCUACUGUUGAGGCGCUGGCCCUUGAGACUACAUUGGGCAACUUGGAAGAGGAAGAUGAAGAUAAGGGAUUGCAAUAUUAUUACCCUGAUCCUUAUUAUAGCUUGGCCGAGUUCAAAAGGCCCAACCAGGUUUCUGCUGGCAUUUCGAGUAACAGCAGCAGUAAUAGUAGUAGCCACCCUCGUUCCAUAAAUACCAUUGACUCGGGCUUCCUCUCCAAGACUUCUUCUCCUAGCAGCCCAUUGGCCUCAGAUUCACUAUUGACCAUGGCUAGUCCACUCGAAGAUCCCAUGGAUCUUUAUCACAACUCUAUCAGGUCCCCUUCUAUCAAGACCAAGAGUUCUACGAGCUCCAAAAAAUCCUCCAAGAAAGAUUCAGGUCUAUUGUCGUCCCCUGGGUUGAUAAUCCCUGCCAAUGCGAUUGCAAUGGCCCCCAGUAGCUCCUACUCAGGAUCUGCUAGCGCAACAACGAUGAGUCCUAUCAGCAGCCCUACAACAACUCCAACGCAUCAAACCUCAUCUUCAACGUUGGGUUCGUUGCUCUCGAGGUCCUCAUCUAACUCCAGGAGGCUGAGCUCCAAGGCUAAAGCUAGAGGCAACCGCUCCAAGUCGGAUACAGCACCAUCGCGGCCUAGCAUCGACGUUACCCAAAUCCCUGUUCCUGUAGCGACAGUAGCCGCCAAUGCAGCUUUUGCCACUGCUACAGUUAAUACCUCUGCACCUUUAGCAGUACGCAAGCCCAGCAUUCCAGAGGUGUCACCACAAACAUCAUUGUCCCCGCCUCCUCGUCAGAGCUGGAACCGGUCCAAAUCUUUCCAGGGCACGGCCUCAGCGAUCACAGCAGCGCUCUUAUCCAGUAGGCCUGACGCUAGCAAUGGCAAUGUGAUGUAUGUUGAUACUAAACUCGCAAACGAACAUCGCCCAGGGCCAUUGUCUGGAUCAUGCUCAGCGACAGGGCUUGGAUUUAGCACACCAUUGGCUAUUACUGGCAAUGGUGCAGAUAGUGGCAACGAAUCCAGUUUGCCAUCGUCUGGUGGGACCCGAAGCUCGUUGUCAUCAUCCCUUGGCUCAGUAUCUCCAGCGUUUGCUCCCACAGCCCCAAACGAUGAGUACAGCAACACCAACUAUAAAGAAUCAUCGCCAUCGUCUCCAUCACCGCUUUCUCCCCCUAUCAUGACAUCUUCGUCAAAAACAGGAGAUUUCAAACCACGAACAAGUACGCCAGUAUCUUUGCAAGACCACCGUAGCAACUCCAUGGACAGAGGCAGAGAUAGAGACAGCAAUAAUAGCUUGCGAGACCGAACGGCAGCUUUAAGGGCAACAGCUAAUCAUCAGCGGAGCCAGCCACGCUCGGUUGAUAAUUUAGCCUCGGCUUAUUAUUUUAAGCGAGCAACACCAAUAGCAGGCGAUAUCAACAGUAAUAACAACAGCUCUAGUAUUGACACCAACGUUAAUGACGUAUCUAAGUCUCAGGAAUCUGUCAACGUUAAUGUUUCUACACCCGUGCCUCGAUCACCUUCACCACAGCUGGUCGGUGCUGGAUUCAGUUACUAUGGUGGUGGUAGUGCUAAUAAUGGCUUUGGAGGGGAGGAUAGCCAUGGACGCAACUCACCAACGUCCCAACAGCAGCAGCACCCCUUGUUUUCUUCCUCGCCUUCUCAGAACAACUAUAGCCAUGGUCAUUCAUACUUCCCAAGAGGCAAGACAAGUUUGGACUAUUCUGGAGGAGGUGGACUAGGAGUAGGACUAGGGAUUCAUCACUCUCAUUCCCACUCUCCAUCUCCAUCUUCUUUGAGAGCGAUUGAGAAUUCUACACCAGUGAGUGAUUCCAGUCGGUCGAACAGCAUCACCAACAAUAACUCGCUCCUGAUGGCGGAUGAUCCUUGGACGAUGGCUAUGGUUGCACGUGCCAAGAAUGCUAAUGCGUGA